AUGCUUAGAAGAGUUCAGUCACCGAUGCGAAUAUGUGUUCGGAGCUUUCACCUCACAACGCGUAAUGUCAGUUCAAGGCAUCGCCUCCUCACGGUCGCUUCGGUUGCUGUCGCUACAACUGUCUUCGUAUACUACGGCACGAUUAAAGUUAUAAAAAACGACGCGGCACCUUCCCUUUCUCCAGGCUCCGCGUUAGUUCAAGGAGCUGCGAGUACCCAACCGGAGAAAUCCAAUACUUCGACAGAUGUCUUGCAGACGUUGGUCUGGGGUUCGAACAGAUGUAAACUUCUGUCGAUUAAACCAGCAACUGAGAAUGUUCGUUUUCCGCAAGUAGCUACAUGGUUGGACAAUGUAGCCCUUCGGGAUCUGGCUUUUCACAAGACUUACGCUGCUUGUGUUGAUGCUCGCGGGGAUGUUUAUCAAUGGGGCGAAGGAUUUAGCCUGCCAGAGAGCACGAAACCAGGUCUCACACUCGGCGGGAAGGACAUAGUUCAGAUCCAACUGUCGGAUUCUCGGCUUUACGCGCUAUCGUCUUCAGGGAAAAUAUACAUUCUUUCCGCAUCCGAAUCUCAGCAGAAACCAUUGUCGUUGUCUUCCUCGUCGUCGUCAUGGUGGAAGAAGACACUUGGGCUUGAAGGGAAACCAUCAAACUGCAAUGAAAUUAUUCCGGAGGUCGCGCUAUCUUCGGGAGAAAAGUUCACUUCCAUCUCCGCUGGUGAUCAUCACCUACUAGCACUCACAUCCUCUGGGAGAGCAUUUGCUCAUCCUAUUACAAAACAAGCUAACGCUUAUGGUCAACUUGGCUUCAGGAAAUUAGGAUUCCCCAACGCUUCUCUAAGACGGCAGUAUGGAGAUUCCGAAACAGUGGCCGUUGAACUAGUUCAGGAGGCAAACAAGAAGGGAGAAAGCACCGAGGAAGACUUGCAAUCUCAAACUGACGACAAGUCCGUUCGGUUCUGUCGAAGGAUCUUCGAAAUACCCUCCUUGGGGGGCAUCAAACUCAAGCAACUCGUUGCGGGCGGUCGAACCAGUCUUGCCCUGACGGAGACGGGCCGCGUCCUAGGUUGGGGUGCGAAUGAAUAUGGGCAAUUAGGGCUUGGUAAUAAUGUAAUGCUGGACACUGUCACCGUUCCGAUGGAGGUCGCACUGUGGAAAUCUCUCGUUGCCGGGGCGAAGAGUAGAUGUUUGAACAUAGCCGCAGGCGGAGACCUUACUUGCUACACGGUCGAACGAGUGAUCGACCCAUCACCUGCAACUGUGGAUAUCAUGAUGUGUGGUAAUGGACAGUGGGGUGCACUCGGAAACAAUGUUUUCACCAACGCUCAAGGAACGCCCGUGCGAGCGCGGAAUGUCAGUGAUUUGACAGAAUACAACGAUGAAACGCGUAGACUCCAGGCCGUCCCCCCACAUUCGGUUUCGGUUUCGCCUACUGGACAUGUCUUGUUAAGUCUACAGCCCAUGGGAAGUGACCGAGAUUUACUUGCCUGGGGUAAAAACUAUGACUCCGAGCUGGGGAAUGGCAAGAAGUCGAGCAUGGCGGUGCCUGUCGUCAUGCAAAAUGCGGAAGGAGACCGGAUGAUGCUUUCGAAAAUCAAAGCCAAAGAAGUUUUGGAUCUCUCCGGCAGAAGAUGGAAACGAGAUGUUGAAGUUGAGCAGCGGCCAGUUACUGGAUAUUGCAAUAGCGCUGUAUUUUGGAAAGUUGUUCAAUGA